AUGGCAAUCCCUUCGGAAGUCAUUGAAACCGUGUCAUAUCAACUUCCAGAGCUUAAGAUAACUAAUGCUUUGUUAAUAAGUGAGGAUGACGUUUCGAUACCGUAAGUAAUUUUUCAAAGAAAUUUAAAUUGCAUCACAGUUAAUAGUAGAGCUGAUUGCUUUGGUCUUGGGAGAGGUUUUUGUAAAAGUGCUGGGUAGGGCUUGUGGGUCUUGUUCCGGGCCUACUAGGGGAUUUUUAACUUAAUUUUUUUAUUUUAAAAGGAUUUAAACAGUAAUCCUUCCAGAAACGUACCAGAAGCCGCGAAAGUACGUGGAGUUACAGUCGAAGAGUUGAAGAAUGUAGAAGCCGAUUCACAUGAACUCGUCAUUAUUAACCGGCUAUCUGCUGGUGAGGUGAGUAGUCUUCCUCUUAUUGAGAUACUAUGUACAUAUUGUGUUACGACAUAUGUUACAUUAAAAAUUCUCUAUAAAAAAAUGUCUGUGAAGCGAACAACUUUUAAAUCUCUGGUUAACACUACAAAGUGCAUCUACAAAUUCUGUAUAACGAAAACCUUAUAUAAGGAAAAAAUUUAAAAUUUCAUAAAAAUUUGUUAUACAGGAGUUCUGCCAUAUAAUACAGUAUUUAAAAAAAUUUUUUUUAGACACACAAGCAAAAUCUGGAUAAAAUUCUUCAAAAUUCGUUGAGAAUUCUUAAAACUGACGGUGUUGUUGUAGCUUACGAAGACUUUGGUAAGUUUUUUUUACUUUGCUGUUAGUUUUAGGCUUUUACCUUUUACAACGUGAUACUCGGUUGAUUUAUAAGUUUUAUAAGAAAAUAGUUAUGGAUAUCUUCAGAAAAUGUGACAUACCAAGAAGUUGGAAGCCUAUCAACUUUAUUUGACAGUUUCGAGAGCAAGGAAAAUGGAAAUUCAGCUAGCUUCAAGUUAUUGGCUAUGAAUCAGACUUCGGUAGGUCUAAAUGGCACAUUUUUGAAAUUUUAUGGAUUUAAGUUACUUAUAUUAUACAGUUUCCAAGUUUAAAAUUUCUUGUUUUGAAGCUGUUGAGAAUAUCUUACAGUAUACUUUUUUCAAAUACUUUUUCAUUUUAUAAAUUUUUAAACAAUUUUCAGGAGCAAACUUCAGAAGGUGUCUACUGGAUAAUGACCAAAUACACAGCUUCAGAUGACGAAAACAUGGUAUUUCGUUCAUUCCUAGACCAUACUCAAUAUGUACCCGAGAACAUUGAAGCCUACGAAUGGAUCUUCGGCCGUGAAUUCAUUAGUCCUGGUGGCGUGAACAUGAAUCGUCGUGUGUUUUCUGAAUUCGACGAUCUUGAACCUGGAAAGAAGAUGUUAGACAUUGGCAGUGGACUGGGUGGCAGUGUCAGACAGAUCGCGAGAGAUGUCGGCUUGAAGGUAACAGCGUGUGAUAUCAGUGCUAACAUGAUGGCAUUGGGAAUUCUGAGGCAUAGACAACGACCGGUUGAUGGAGUGACAUAUAUGUUGGCUGAUGUCAUGAGGUACAAGUUCAAGCCGGAGAGCUUUGAUUAUGUGUAUACCAAGGAUUGUAUACAUCACAUUUUUGAUCUGCCUGCGCUUCUGACCAAGAUCAGGGUGAGUAUGAUAUUAUAAUACGAAGUCAUUCGAUUGGGAUAAGAGAGGGCGGGAGGGCAGGGUAGGGUAAGUUGGGUAAUACGCAGAGUAGAAUGUGGUAGAUUUAUUCUAUCUUUUUGACUUUUGUUUUCUUACUGUAUCUUAAUUUUCAGGAAAUCCUAAAGCCAGGUGGUCAACUAAUCAUCACGAUGUAUGGUAGAGGCUACGGACCGUUCACUGAAGAAUUUAAGGAGUUUGUCAACUCAAGGCGGUACUAUUUGAAUACGGUAGAAGAGAUGGAAGAGAAAGCCAAGAAUGCUGGAUUCUCAGAAGUCGAAGCCACGAAUAUUACUCCAAUGUUCAAGGAAUGGCUGGAGAAGGAACGGAACAGAGCUAUCAUGUACAAGGACGAGUUUUUGAAGGUACGGUAACUAUCCUAAAAAUGAUUGAAGGUGGUUAAGAUAUUAAAAAAGUUUUGGCGUUUUUUCCUGUUUAAAGCUAUGAAGAUUGACGACAAGACUUUUGUGCCACUUUUAUGUGAACGUUUUUAAUUGUUUUACAAAUUUUUAAAUUUUGGUAUGUAUGUCAACUUUACUUUAAAAUUAACUUUAAUGUUUUAGAACUGGUCAGAGAAGAAGUACAACAGUUUGUUCGAUGGGUGGACUCAAAAGCUGGACUUUAUCAAGGCUGACAAUCACAACUGGCUUAAAAUUAAAUGUACAAAAUAG